AUGGCUGUGUCCACAGAGGAGCUGGAGGCCACGGUUCAGGAAGUCCUGGGGAGACUGAAGAGCCACCAGUUUUUCCAGUCCACAUGGGACACUGUUGCCUUCAUCGUCUUCCUCACCUUCAUGGGCACCGUGCUGCUCCUGUUGCUGCUGGUCGUCGCCCACUGCUGCUGCUGCAGCUCCUCCGGGCCCCGCAGGGAAAGCCCCAGGAAGGUGAGCCCCUGGAAGGUGAGCCCUGCCGGCCUCCGGGACCUGCAUGGAACUGUACUGGGGGUGGAGGCGGGAGGUGAGGGGAGUGGUGGGAAGGGUGCUCAUCCCCCUAGGGAACAACGAGCGAACCUGCUCGGUCCCACUGUGCUUCUCGUGCAGGAGAGACCCAAGGGAGUGGAUAACUUGGCCCUGGAACCCUGA